AUGAGUCAACUCCAUCGGUAUGCACCCGUGCUGGCUUCCAAAGGCCUUAUCGAUGCCGUGGGAAAUACCCCGUUGAUCAGAUUAAAUCGCAUUUCCGAGCGAUUAGGGCGCAACGUUUUUGGUAAAUCCGAGUUCCAGAACCCUGGAGGCUCUGUCAAGGACCGAGCAGCUUUGUACCUUAUUGAGCAAGCCGAAAAAGAGGGUUUAAUUGAUCCUAGUCGUCCCGGAACAAUUGUUGAAGGUUCUGCUGGAAACACUGCAAUCGGUUUGGCUCAUAUUGCGCGUUCCAAGGGCUACAAUUCGGUAUUUUACAUGCCCAACACGCAGUCGCAAGCUAAGAUCAAUCUUUUGAGAUAUCUAGGUGCUGAAGUGUAUCCAGUGCCCGUUUGUCCCAUCACAGAUCCUAAAAAUUUCAAUAAUCAGGCCAGAGACCAUGCCAAACGACUAGAUAAUGCAGUUUGGACGGAUCAAUUUGAUAACGACGCUAACUGGAAAGCACAUUACGAAACUACUGGCCCUGAAAUUCUGUCACAACUCGAAUCUGCUGGUUUGAAAUGUGACGCUUUUACAUGCUCUACUGGUACCGGAGGUACUUUCACCGGAGUUGCCAAGUAUCUCGAAGAACAAACGCAGGGAAAUUGUAAAUUGGUUGUCUCUGAUCCACCAGGAUCUUGUAUAUAUUCUUACGUGAAGACUGGCAAGCUGGAUCGUGAGGGUUCCUCGUUCACGGAAGGUAUCGGACAAGGCAGAAUUACUGGAAAUCUCGAGAAAUCGGUGAAUAUUAUCGACGACGCAGUUUUCGUUCCGGAUUCAAGUAGUAUCGAGAUGCUGUUUCAACUUUUGGACGAGGAAGGGCUCUUUUUAGGUGGUACUUCCGCUUUGAACGUUGUCGCUGCUUGCGAGGUGGCCAAGGUAUUACCCGAGGGUAGUAAUGUAGUCACCAUAUUGUGUGACACUGGACACAAGUAUGCCGAUAGGGUCUUUUCCAAGAAAUGGCUUAUCGAAAAGGGUCUUUACGACGCAAUUCCAUCGUCGCUGAAAAAAUACGUAAUCCUUGAGUGA